ACGAAGAAGCCACGUAAACAAGACGUGUUUACUUUUUGUACCGUAGUAAACCGCACAUUCUCUAGCUUAAUAACUAAAUGUGGCUCGCUAAGUUAAGGGAAAAAAACUGUGCCUGGUAAUGCUACGUUUUAAGGAAUACACGGCUUCACUGUGUUGCAUUGACACGUGCGUCUGUUCAGGUGUCUAGUGAGACUGUUUAAAGUUAUAAGAUGUCCUUGGUCCUGUUUGCCUCCGUGGUGCGGAUGGGGGACGGGCUACCUCUGUCUGCCUCCACAGACUAUGAGCAGGACAAAGACCUUCAGGACACCAAGAAGCACCUUAAAUCGCUGUCCAAGAAACUUGCCCAUUUCCCUGACCGCUGCAUUCUGAACCUUGGACGCUACAAUAUCAAUUUCACCUGCUCUCUGGGUGUCGGCUAUCUGAUGGUUUGUUCGGAGAACUACCCCAAUGUCCUGGCCUUCUGCUUUCUGGAUGAGCUGCAGAGAGAGUUUCUUGUGACCUAUGACGCCAAGCGCAUCAAUGGCGCUGUGAGGCCAUACUCCCUCAUUGAGUUUGACCAGUUCAUCCAGAAGACGAAGCAGCGCUACAACAGCCCCCGUUCCCUGUCCCCGAAGAUCAACCUGGCAGACAUGCAGACGGAGAUCAGGCUGCGACCGCCCUACCGGCUCGGCCCUGAAGACCUGGGGUCCUAUAAUGGCUCCAUGCACCGCUCCCCCUCUCAAUACAAGGGCAUAGCUCCUAGCCAGCGGCUUGAGCCUGUGACUCUGUCUGGCAUUGUCUCCUGUAUGCUGAGUAUCCUCUGUGGAGGCCUGAAUCUACUCCGAGGGGUUCAUGCUAUAGAAAGUGUCAUGCAGAACGACGACGAAGACUUUAAUUACGUGAUUGCAUUUUUCCUCGGCACAGCAGCCUGUCUGUAUCAGUGUUACCUGUUUUUUUACUUCUCUGUGUGGAGGGACAGUAAGUCAUUUCUCUCGUUGGCCCUGAUUUGUCUGUCCAACAUGUACCUCUAUGAACUAAGGAAUGUGUGGCAGAUCCUUUUCCAUGUGACUGUGGGGGCUUUCAUGACCCUACAGAUCAGACUGAGGAAGCCACAAGGCAAAGCUCCGGACUACAAUGUCUGACAUGACUACAACAACCAGCCCACAACAGCAAAAUGACAGACCCACCGCAGAGUGUAAGGAUAAGAUGUUUCUGCUGUAGCAGUCUUCGUCACAUGUUGAGUCCCCAUCAUGGCUCAGGAUUGUGGGCCGGCUUCUCCCUGGCCCUUGCUCUAACCCUUUGGACACUGAAUAACUAGCAUGAUAUUGAAGUGAUGUGGACCAAUAGGAAUAAUGGGCGGUUCCACUAAAGCAAAAUUGUUUUUAAUUUGACGAUGAGCUAAUGUUUAGAUGUAUUCAUCACAAGUCUAAGGGCUUUCUCACUGAUUGGUUUUUCUGGAUACCUGUGUUGCUGAAUGUGGUCUACUUCUCACCAUUUUGUUCUGCAUACCCUUUUAUGCUUUUCCAUAGUCACAAGACAUCCCAAUUCUUACCUUGUUUCCACUGUUAUUUGUCCUAUCACAUGUUUUCACAGCAGUGUUUUCAGUAUUUAGCUGAUCAGUUCAAUUAAAGAAAUCAGAAUUGGGCUGUAUACAGAGGCAUCACUUGAGACCACUUUUGUAGUUAGUUAUUUAUUUGUUUUGUCUUUGACAUGGCUAGUAAUUUUUGUUAUUGCUUAUCAAGUUAAUUUAUUCCAGUGUGUGAGUAUACUUAACAAUAUCCAUUAUUUUGCCAAUGGUUUUAAUGAAUAAAAACAUAUUUGCACACACUCUCUAAACCUGUUACUUCCGUGUUGUACAAUGUAAGUGCUGCCUACACAACCUGCAGUUUCUAAACACAAGAUACGUAAUGUGGCAUUAUCAUUACUGGGAAUCCAUUGUCAGCUCAAUCUGACUGACUCCCUGCUGCAGUGAUUGUGGUGGCAGCUGCCGGCCCUGUUGGUGAGGGGUUUUGAAUACCUGUAAAACAUGUGCCCGCCACAUCCUUCAGUGUUUGAAGGAGCGUGCUGAGGGCCUAAAUACAUCUAUUGAGCAGAAGUCUUACCUCCUGAAAGACCAAAUUACUUUUUCCAGUUCAGUAUUCAUUUGAGUCUCUUUUUGUGGAUGUUAUAGCAAUGUUUUGACAGUAAACUGUAGAUUUAUUUUUUAUUUUAUUUUUAAUGAUGGAUUGGGUGACUGCCAACAGGUGUUUAUUUAUAUAUUUUUAAUUUGGGAUGUAUCUACAGUCCGAUGAGACCGUCAUUGCUUAAAUGGAGUGUCAGUAUGGGACUGGGUACUAAAAACAUCUGGCAACACACUACUUGUCUGCAUGAUAUUCCACUGAACCGCGAAGGUUCACUGAUGAAUCACUGUGCAAACAUUAGGAUUAGCCUUCAUCUUAUCCGGCGGUGGUACGUCCUACUACGGUAUGGGACAUCUGAACCCUCCAGUGAGACUGCUGGGUUUUCCUCUGUCCUUUAAUAUUAGCUGUUUUGACAGACUUCUGACAUCCAUUUGGGCUUACAUUAAAAACAUCCUUGUUUUACUUUUAUACCAAGAUGGGUUUCAUAAUGUCUCUGUAAAAGACUACUGUAAUGUAAACGUCAAUGCCUUAUGGAAAAUAUGUCACAGAAUGCUGUAACAAUAAUACAGAGGGACUUCCUGUCAAUUCCCACAGUAAAAAAAAAUGAUUUUUGGAAGUUUUUCAAGUUUUUAGCAUAAAUAUUAUAACAAUCCGUUCCCUGGUUAUGAUAGAGAUUCACAGACCUUGGAUGUAUUUCAUUGUUGUGUUUAAAGUAUGAUUACGCAGUGAAUUGUAAUUUCUAUUUACAUUAUGCAUAAAGUGUCAAUGAAUAAAACCAAAUAGUGGAAAAUGAAAGGUAUAUUUAGGUUUUAUUCUCAAUGUGCCUCUUGUUCUUUGAAAAUGAUUUUGGGCCAAUAAUUCUCAAUCCCUGUUUGUAAAGUAGUUUGAAAGGAAGUUACCCAUGAUGCUGCAGUAUUCCCAGUUACAUUGUUUAGUCUUGGGUGAGUCUUUAAGAGCUUUUGACACCUGGGUUGUGAAAUGUUUGCCCAUUAUUAUUUUAGGACAUCUUCAUGCCCUGUCAAGUUGUUUGGCAGAAUGGCUCGGCAGCACUAAGAUUCAGUGUUCUAGAAGAGAGUUGCCAACCCAGGAUUUGGCUUUGAUAUAGCCACCUACAAAAUAAUUCGCAAUGUCAAUAAAGCUGUUUGAAUUUAA